AUGCAGGAAAGGCCGGCAGAGAAGCCAAGCUCCUAUCCCCGCAAGUGGAAGUCCUUCCAAGGAGCAAACAAGUUCUUCUGCUUUGGACGCAUCAUGACAGCCGAUGACAAUCCUCUGCCGUUCUUUGGAGCCACUCUAGUCGUCGUUGCGUUCCCAAUUCUGUGGUUCAUCUUUGUCGCUCCUUUCACUUGGCGACAUGUAAGCCCAGCGCCUGUCAUCCUGACAGCAUACACCUGGCUUGUCACUCUCUCAAGCAUGAUGGUGACCUCCUGGAGAGAUCCAGGAGUGCUGCCCAGAGACUUGGAUCCAGACCCGCCUUGCACCACUAGCGAUGGCGACCCAAUGGAUCCAGAAGAUCCGCUUGCCAUUCCUCUGCCUCGCGUUGUGCGAGUCCCUCAGAGCACAGAUCUCAAAGUCAAGUGGUGUGAAACAUGCGGCACAUAUCGGCCACCUCGCGCUAGUCAUUGCAGGACUUGCGAUAACUGCGUGGAAAACAUUGACCAUCAUUGCACGUUCUUGAACACUUGCAUCGGCCGCCGCAAUUACUUUAGCUUCUUUUCCUUUCUCAUCGCUGGCAUUACGCUCUGUUGCCUCUGCUUGGUCUUCAGCGCUGUCCACCUCUACCUGCUCACGCGGCGUUUGGACGACCCACUUCCUGGAGGCGGUUUUGGCUCUGGUCUCGAUUUCGCUGGAGCUCUGCGCAAGGCUCCGCUCAGCGCAGUCCUCUUCCUCGUACCUAUCUGGGUACUGGUCCCUUUGUGCGUCCUGUUCGGCUACCACAUGCGCUUGGUCAGCAUGAAUCGAACUACAGUGGAGCAGAUUCGCAUCAACUCUCAGAAGGAGUACGGAGAGAAAUCCAGCCAACCCGAUGCUGUGGCAUCCCAUCGCUGCGUGCCUGCUCUAGGAAGACCAGGAAGGGAUCCAAACCCUUUUGCGGUGCCAAACUUUUUUGCCAACGCUUUCGAAGUGCUGUGCAGACCUAUUCCAGAAAGCUACAUCGACCGCUCCGGUCGCGCAGUGCCUGAUAAUCGUAGACCAAAUCCUGCUUGGCGCAACAGCUCGAUGGGCCGACAAGCCAGUGAUAUCGCCAACGACGGCAGUCCACGAGUAUAGGAUUGGCCUUCGAUCGGCAGUCGCGCUGUGCCGAGAUUGGCUCCGCCCACACAUUCAUUGAACAUAUCAGCUUUCUGCGCACCACCAGUCGUGCUUUCCUGUUUGUCGCAGACACCUCAACACUCUUUCCAAUGCGUCUCUAAACAACGCCGUGUCGGUCGUUUGCAUACACUCAUAUCUCUUGAUACCACGCUAGCGAUAAUACAUAGAC